AGCGCCCGCGGCGAGAUGGCGCUCUACCUGCUCUUCGAGUCCGCGUCGGGGUACGCGCUCUUCCACGCCUACGGCAUCGACGAGAUCGGGCAGAGCGUGGACGCCGUCCGCUCCUCGGUGCUGGACCUCAAGCGGUUCAGCAAGGCCGUCAAGCUCGCCGGCUUCACCCCCUUCUCCUCAGCCAUCGACGCGCUCAACCAGUGCAACGCCAUCUCCGAAGGGAUCAUGACCGACGAGCUGAGGAACUUCCUCGAGCUCAAUCUGCCCAAGGUCAAGGAGGGCAAGAAGGCCAAGUUCAGCGUCGGCGUCAUGGAGCCCAAGGUCGGCUCCCACAUCACCGAGGCCACAGGAAUCCCUUGCCAGUCCAACGAGUAUGUGCAGGAACUGCUUCGCGCUGUGCGCCUGCACUUUGAUCAGUUCAUCGAUCAACUCAAGCCUUCGGACCUGGAGAAGGCUCAGCUUGGCCUGGGGCAUAGCUACAGCAGGGCAAAGGUCAAGUUCAAUGUGAACCGUGUGGAUAACAUGGUCAUUCAAGCGAUCUUUCUAUUGGAUACACUUGAUAAGGAUGUCAAUUCCUUCUCCAUGAGAGUGAGGGAGUGGUAUGGAUGGCAUUUUCCUGAGCUGGUCAAAAUUGUAAAUGAUAACUACCUUUAUGCUAAGCUUGCCAAGUUUGUAACAAACAAAUCUGAUUUGUCGGAAAAGGAUAUUCCAGCUUUAGCAGAUCUGAUUGGAGAUGAGGACAAGGCAAAAGAAAUCGUUGAAGCAGCAAAGGCAUCUAUGGGCCAGGAUCUUUCACCUGUUGAUUUGAUCAAUGUCCAACAGUUUGCUCAAAGAGUCAUGAAUCUAUCUGAGUACCGUAAAAAUCUCUAUGAGUAUCUGGUGACGAAAAUGAAUGAUAUUGCACCAAAUCUGACCUCAUUGAUUGGUGAAAUGGUUGGAGCUCGUUUAAUCUCUCAUGCUGGCAGUCUUUCAAAUCUUUCAAAAUGUCCUGCCUCCACUCUCCAGAUACUAGGUGCUGAAAAGGCGCUGUUCAGAGCUCUUAAAACUCGUGGAAACACACCGAAGUAUGGUCUCAUAUUCCACUCAUCUUUUAUUGGUCGUGCAUCAACCAAGAACAAGGGAAGAAUGGCCAGAUACCUGGCAAACAAAUGUUCAAUUGCAUCACGCAUUGACUGCUAUUCAGAUGUGAGUAGCUCCAUUUUUGGUGAGAAGCUGCGCGAACAAGUUGAGGAGAGAUUAGAAUUUUAUGACAAGGGUGUUGCACCACGUAAGAACCUUGAUGUAAUGAAAGCUGCAAUUGAGGGUAUGACCAACACAGCCUCGGAGGAAGGUGAAGAGAACGGUGGUACAUCUGCUAAGAAGAGCAAGAAAAAGAAGUCUAGAGCUGAGGCUGAUGGUGAUGCCAUGGAUCUUGACAAGCCGGCAAACACCUCUGCAGCUGAAGCUGAGCCUGAAACAGAGAAGAAGAAAAAGAAAAAGAAGCACAAGCUAGAGGAGCCCCAGGAUCAGGAAAUGGCAGCCACUGGCGAUGACCAGACUCCCAAGAAGAAGAAGAAGAAGAGCCGUGAUGCUUCAGCGGAUGACGAGCCUAAAACAGCCACUGAAGGGAAGAAGAAGAAAAAGAAGUCCAAAACAGCGGGAGAUGAUUAGACUUGUACCUCUCUGUUGCUUGGGGAAAUUAAACAUCUAGUGUCAAUGUACAACGAUGGAUCUAAUUGGGUCUCAACCUUUUGGUGCUGACCACAUUUGGAGGUCUAUAAUUUAGAUGAGCGUGUAUUGAGGAAGCUUUUCAGCCAUUGCCUUUUA